UAAACUGUGUAACGGGGCAGAAACAUGGAGCCAAUGGCAUGUCGUUGAAUCUCUGGCGGUGUUCCCACAGCCGCAACUAAUGUGGAAGAUUUCAGUUGCACCCACAUCAAUAAGAUACGGGUCGUUACAGCAGCCCUAUGGACACAUCGUAGCGUCACGCCGGUGAUGUUUUGAAGCACACUCCCCUUUCUAUUACGUUCCCUGCCUCUUAGCCAAUAGCAACAUCUCUUACUGAAAUCCUUCUUUUGCCGCUAAAACCAAACUCCCUCUAGUUUUCUGUCGCCGAGGGCUCCGUUUGUGUCGCUAAUUUCAAGAAAAGGAAUCAGCGUGGCACCGAUCACUGGCUGAAAAUGGGAAUCUCUGGACUGCUGCAGUUCAUCAAAGAUGCAGCAGAGCCCAUCAACGUGAAAAAAUACAAAGGCCAGACAGUAGCUGUGGACACCUACUGUUGGCUGCAUAAAGGAGCUUUCUCGUGUGCUGAGAAACUUGCUAAAGGAGAACCGACCGACCAGUAUGUGUGGUACUGCAUGAAAUUUGUGGACAUGCUCUUGACCUUCAGUGUUAAGCCCAUACUGGUGUUUGAUGGACGCAAUCUGCCUUCAAAACAAGAGGUGGAAAAGGCUCGCAGAGAGCGCAGAGAAACCAACCUUCAAAAAGGCAGACAGCUGCUCCGUGAGGGCAAACUGUCCGAGGCCAGAGAGUGUUUUAACCGCUGUGUUAACAUCACCCCAGCUAUGGCUCAUAACCUGAUUAAGGCUGCACGGGCGAGAGGCGUGGACUGUGUUGUGGCUCCGUAUGAAGCUGAUGCUCAGCUGGCUUACCUCAGUAAAUCUGGUUUGGCCCAGGCAGUCAUCACAGAGGACUCUGACUUGCUGGCAUUUGGGUGCAAAAAGGUGAUUCUCAAGAUGGACAAGCAGGGCAACGGCCUGGAGAUAGACCAAAGCAACCUCGGCCGCUGCCGAUCCUUGGGGAAUGUUUUCACAGAGGAAAAGUUCCGCUACAUGUGCAUCCUCUCUGGCUGUGACUAUCUUGCCUCUCUGCAUGGCAUUGGUCUGGGCAAAGCCUGCAAGCUGCUGCAGCUUGCCAAAGACCCUGAUAUACUGAGGGUAAUCAGAAAGAUGGGCCAGUACCUGAAGAUGAGUCUCGUCGUUCCCGAACAGUACAUCGAGGGAUUUGUCAGAGCCAAUAACACCUUUCUCUAUCAGCUGGUUUUUGAUCCUGUCAGGAGGAAGGUCGUGCCCCUCAACCCAUACCCAGAGCACAUUGACCCAGCCACCCUGAGCUAUGCUGGACUUCAUUUAGGAGAUGAUAAGGGCUUGCAGAUGGCCUUGGGAAACCUUGACAUCAACACCAUGGAGAGGAUAGAUGACUUCAGCCCAGACAAACCUAUUCCACAGCAAUGCAAAGGCCGCAGUCACAGCUGGAGCUACUCACCGGGCUCCACAGGGCCGAGUAUUUGGAGCAGAGGCUUUACACCAGCCUCUGCGGCACCUGCCCAGCUCCCAACCUCUCCAGAUAGGCCUCUCUCCACCAGGGGGAAGAAGAGAGUCAUCAACCUGGAUGGCCUAAGGCUACCCUGCAGAGAGCUGCAGGUGAAGAGGCCCGGAGAGGACUCGAGUAUAUCGGACCAGGAUGUGCUGCAGGAGUACUCUUCAUCCAGCCCAAAGCGCUCCAGGUCAGACCAGCCAGCAGACAAGCCCACAGUAACAAGCCUGCCCCGGUCACGCAAUAUAUUUGCCACUGUCCUGCAGAGGAGGAACCAGGAAGCUGAGGAGGAUGGCCAGGUCACACGCAGCAGAUUCUUCAGCAGUUCCAGUUCAGCACCGAGUCGGAGCGUUCAGGAUUGCUCCCCGGAGGACCCCACAGCUGUCAGUCCCACUCAGAAGUCCUCGGCCAGCAUUCACAACUGUGACAGCGAGAGUUCAGAUGGCCCGUCUCUGGAAACCAUCAAGCCAUCUCCAUCACCUAGUACCACCAGUUCAGCCAGUCGUGGCCUCAGCCUAUUCCGCUGGUCAGACGGCCCCUCAACUGAACAGUCCACCACACCAUUGUCCACCUCAAGCUUGUCUGCGCUGCAGCAGUUUCAGUAUAAAAAGGAAAGCUCUUCAUCUCCACCAAAGAUCAGCAGACCCUCUGGAGAUGCGGUUCUUCCAGAGCCCUUCUCCCAGGACAGGAAAUCAGAGGAGAAGGAUGAGCUCUCAGACUCCCCUCCCUCCCAGGACAGCGCUUAUUUCUCCCAGUCGCAGCCUUACCUCACUUCCUUCCAUAAAGAGGAAGCCCCCACCUACAGCUUCCCCUCCUCCUACCAGGAGGAUGCUGCUUCUGAAAUAAAAGAUUCAGAGAUAGAGCACAGUCCCACACACUCAGCAGAAGCAAAGGUGAAACCUGGCAUGCCGAGAACUAAGGUUUCAGGUCUGCCAAAACCAAAGUCCAGCAGCCAGAGUCAAACGGCAAGAGUGCGAACACUGGGCCCAGCGAGGGUCAGCGGACUGAGGAAGAGGUCUUUGAAUCCGGGCAAGAAAUUCCCCUCAGUGAAUAAUGAAAACAACCCUGGUGUCCAGGCCACCAUCAGCAGCCUCUGGAGGAACUUCAGCUUUAAAAAAGAUGCCCAGAAGAUGAUUGGCUGUCAGAAAAAAGAGCCCAUGUCUCCAGUUAAAGACAAUGUGCUGUCCAGCUGAACGUCAGCACACGACUGCAUGUUUCACUCGGUGCUGAAUGCUCGGUGGAGCGAAGCUUUUAAACAUACCGUGUAUGUACCUGUAUUUACUGUAGAGUUUUAAAUAAAGAAACCGUCUCCCUGUGUA